GGGGCUCGUGGUCGCGGCGGGUGGACUACGAGCCCCAGGGGCCCGCGCGGCCGCCGGGCAGUUCCGGACAACGCCUGGUGUGUGGUAACAGCAGCGGACGCUUCCUCCUUGCAGGCGCUUCCGGCGCGGCGGUGAAGCCCACUCGAGAGCUCCGAGGGCUCCGUGGGGCGGGGGGAGCCAUAAAAUAUCUACUGGUAGGUGAUAAAAAUGUGAGAGUCCUGAUUGUUACAAUUCCAUCCAUGUGGAUGUAUCUCAUCUAUACAGGCCCCUUUCUAAAGGACAAUAUAUUUUUCAAGUUCAAGUGUUCUUGCACAACGAGGAAAAAGAAGAAACAUUUCAGUGAAUGAGGAGUUUUUUGCUUCGAUAGUGUUUUCUUAGGGAAGUGGGUCUUUGAAUGAGGAUGACAAUGGAAGAGAUGAAGAAUGAAGCAGAGACCACUUCUAUGGUUUCCAUGCCUCUCUAUGCUGUUAUGUACCCUGUCUUUAACGAGCUAGAAAGAGUAAAUCUAUCUGCAGCUCAGACACUGAGAGCAGCUUUUAUUAAGGCUGAAAAAGAAAAUCCAGGUCUUACACAGGACAUCAUUAUGAAAAUUCUGGAGAAAAAAAGUGUGGAUGUGAACUUCACAGAGUCUCUUCUGCGUAUGGCAGCUGAUGAUGUAGAAGAGUAUAUGAUUGAAAGACCGGAACCAGAAUUCCAAGAUCUUAAUGAAAAGGCACGAGCACUUAAACAGAUUCUUAGUAAGAUUCCUGAUGAGAUCAAUGACAGAGUGAGGUUUCUUCAGACAAUCAAGGACAUCGCGAGUGCAAUAAAGGAACUUCUUGACACAGUAAAUAAUGUCUUCAAGAAAUACCAAUACCAGAACCGGCGGGCACUUGAGCACCAAAAGAAAGAGUUUGUAAAAUACUCCAAAAGUUUCAGUGAUACUCUGAAAACCUAUUUUAAAGAUGGAAAGGCAAUAAAUGUGUUCAUAAGUGCCAACCGACUAAUUCAUCAAACCAACUUGAUACUCCAGACCUUCAAAACUGUGGCCUGAAAACUGUAUAUGUUGAGAGUUGUACUUUUCAAUGGUGGAUAGGGUACCUUUAUAUGUAAAUUUUAAAGUUUUGACUGUAUAAAUUAUCAGCCCCUCUUGAGGGGCCUAAUGCAGGAUUUUGAAUGGGAUUAUUGCCAUCGUACACCAUAUUUUUGUAAAACAUUGUAGCUUAAUCAUAAUCUCACAAUGAAGAAUUUUGCAUCACUUUUUGCUAUUAUCAUUCUUUUCAGAAUUAUAAGCCAAAAGAAUUUACGCCUUAAUGUGUCAUUAUGUAACAUUCCUUAUAAGAAUUGUAAAUAUUUGGUGUUCUGUUUCUGACAUUUUAACUUGAAAGCGGAAAAACUGCAAGAUUAUGUAUUUAACAAUAUUGGUGGCAAAUAUUCAAUAAAUAGUUUACAUCUGUUA